AUGGAAGAGAGCAUAGCAGCAACCAUGGCGAAGUGUUUAAUGUUAUUAUCACGUGACCGAGGGGACAUUGACCAUCAAUCUGCUGUAAUUCAGCAACAGGCAACGCCCACAAGCACCCAAAGUCGUAUGUACGAGUGCAAAACAUGUAAUAAACAAUUUUCGUCAUUUCAAGCACUAGGAGGAUAUAGAGCGAGUCACAACAAAUCUCGGUUAAUGGAACUGUACUCAUUAGACAAUCAAAGGAUCAGUUAUAAUCAGCAGCAAGCGAAGAAACAGAAGAUUCAUGAGUGUUCAAUUUGUGGUUUAAAGUUUUCUAUUGGACAACCAACAAUAGGAUUGUCAUCUGAUAUUACUCGUAUGGGAAGACACGGAGCUGCGAUGACUGAGUCUUCGUCAGCAACGGAAAGAGGACCACCAACAAUAGGAUUGUCGUCUGAUAUUACUCGUCAAAAAGAAGAACCAUUGAAGAGAUCAAAUAGCAGCAGGAGAGUCGUUAGUUAUUUGAAUUUGGAUUUAAGCUCAUCUCUUUUUCCCUUAGAUGAUAGGGCAUGA